AUGGCUGCUCUCAGCGACUCUCUCAUUGUAUUAGAAGUGGUUAUGGCGAUGGCGGUGGCUCAAUUCUUUGGUUUCACACAUGGUUGCUGGUCUGGUUGCCCAUCAGCAUGCCCACCUGGUGUGCAGUACCAAGUCGGAGGCUCGGUCUGGUCUAUACCGCCAUCCCCUCAUUACUACACCAACUGGUCCUCCUCCCAAUCCUUCCGGACCGGCGACUCUCUCCGUUUUGGAUUUGAGACCGGAAAUAACGAUGUGAUUCAAGUGACAAAGCAAGAGUAUGAGAGUUGCACUGCAUGCAACCCCUUAAAGGUCUUGAACAAUGGUCCGGCUAUUGUACCAUUGACGGAGAAAGGUGUCUACUAUUUCAUCAGCAACUUCUCAAACUACUGUGCUCUAGGGCUGAAGGUUUCGGUUAAGGUGCGCGAUUGCCCCCAGCAAUCUCCACCGACUCCACUGCCGUCGCCUUCCCCGCUCCCUGCUCCUCCAUCUUCAUCACCCGUGCCAUCUCCACGUGCGAGUGGUGGAUCUAACUCUCCAGUGCCAUCCCCUAAUUAUGGCUAUCCUCCGGAAGCUGCCGCUCCUAGUCAUGACAAGUCUAUGGCGUCUGCACUUAGCCGGUUUCGUAGGGGUUCUUUUGAAACCCUAUUUGGCUGGGCUUUUGAAUUGUGUUUGGUAGUAUUUGCCAUUCUCUGA